GAAAGAACUUCAAGUGUAUUUAUAAGUGUGUAAACUAAAUAUAAGUAUGUGUAUAGUGAAUUAUCCUUACAGCAGAUGGUGGAAAUACAAAUGCUUGAACUGUACUUUCAAGCAAUGAACCAUGGACUUGGUUAUUACACAUAACAAGCCACAGUCAAAUAAGCAUCAAGUUUUAAGUUAAAAAAACAAAAGCCAGAAGUCAUCACUGAAAAAAGCCGAUCAACUUAAAUAUGCUACAGAGGAAGCACCAAAACGAAAUACAACCUAAAAUUUACAAUGGACUCUGGCGAAAGUUAUCGAAAGGGAGGAAUCGGGAAAAAUGAAAGUCAAUUGAAAUAUGCCCCCGAAGAUGGCAACCAAAUAAGGAUAACUAACAGAGACCAGCAAGUGGAUACUCACAACAUAAGAGGCACUGACAGCGAUCAGCAAGCGGAUACUAACAGAGUAUAUUUCUAUGAUAUAAACGAGAAAUCGGAAUCUGUUAUAAUAAAAAACGCUAAAAAGAGUAACAAUAUUAAAAUAGACAGAUCUCCAGGUAAAUCAAAUGAAAGUAAGCCACCAUUUUAUCAAAGAGCCCCAUCACACAUUACUGUUGGCAAAGGACAGAGGAAGACACACCUACAAAAAACGUGGAUUCAGACACGACGAGGGAAGAACAGAUCAAUACAUUAGGACGUAAUAGUACAAAGAAAAAAACUAAGAAUGAUUCAACCAUAACUGAUGUUUCUGAACAUGUCAUUAAGACAGGGAAGUCGAGAUCUUCAGUUAAUAAAUCUAUUGAACCAACUCUAGAAUUAACAGCGUCGGAAGAUGAACACGAUAAUUUACUGGAAACACACGAUGAUGAUGGAACAGAAAGACUUCCCGACGAUCAUUCAAACAAAAGCUGUAUGGAUUGUAUCAAACCAGUACCAGUUAAGAGUUGGAAGGAAAUUCUCCCAGGCGAUCAUAUUAUUCUUCGAAGGAGUUUUUAUGACCAUCACGCAAUUUUAGUUGGCGUUCUUCAACCAGAGGAAGAUAACAUUGACCAGAUUGAGUUGGAUUUAAUUCACCAGACAAACAGUAUAAGGGGUGCUGUGUGUGCUUGUGUGUGUCGUAGAACAUUAGCCGAAUUGAAACGUAAAACCGUAAUUGUCAAUCUAAAAGAGGAUAUGGUAAUGGUUUGUAGAUAUUGGGGAAGAAUACAGCCGAAAAAUCACGAAACAGUAGUGAGACGGGCAACGGGGGCUUUAGAAGGUGACAAGGAAGAAUUUCAGUAUGACAUUGUUAACAAUAAUUGCGAACAUUUUGCUUCUUGGUGCGUAACUGGAAGAAGGCUCAGCAUUCAAAUAAGAAAGAUUAGAACAGUUUACAAAAUAUUUUGUCGAAGUAGAUUACGUGGUCUAGGUGACGAGCUAUUAAGAAACAAGGUUAUGUUUGAACAUGGUAUGCUGUGCAAAACGUGUUUCGAGAGAAAUGAGAAAAUGCUUGAUGUUACAAGAAAGAUAGUUCGACGAAAGGACGACAUACAAAAAGGUGACAUAAUUUUAUAUAAAUAUUACAGAAUUCUACAUUGUUCAGUGGUUCUUGAUGUCGUAAGUCGUAAAGACACAUAUAUCAAGUGCAACAUUGCCCACUAUGCAUUCAAUGGACCAUUUGGCAUAUUGAGACGAAAAAUAAUACAAAGCGAAACUUUGAAAUGUUCUUUAAAUGGAUCUUUUUCUGUAUUUGAAUACUCGAGUGGUGAAUUUAACACUUAUGAGCCGGAUGAAGUAGUUUGUCGAGCUAAGAAAAGAAUGGAAGAGAAAAUGUUUGCUUAUUUUUCUAAUGACUCAAGCCAUUAUGCCCGCUGGUGUAAAUUGAAAUUGUCAAAAAGUGACAAAUAAAAACUUGGAUCAUUUUGAAUUUUAUACAUACGCUUAGCAUAAAAAACGUAUCGUCGGCUGAUUGAACAACAUUGUAAGAUAAAGUUGUUGACUUUGAAAGAUCAGUUUUCUAAGUGCUGGUGAUGAUAAGCUUUGUAGGACGGUAUAAAUAUAGUUUGAAACUUACUGUUCAUUAUUAUACGUUUUGAAGAUAAUUACAGAUCAUUUUUAUAGAUUUUUAAAAGCCAUUGUAAAAAUCAGUAAUGCGAUAGAGGACGAAAAACACUUCUUUUUCAAAUGUUCUAAAUAUUAACGUUAUAGAAAAAAGUAUUUUGACUCCAUAACAUUCAAUUCUGAGUGUAAAAAUACUGCUAAAGAUGACAGACUAAAAGUUAUAUUACUAAACCCCACAUCUCACAGUCAAAUUAAAAAUACAGUCUUCUUUAUAUGACAGUCAUUGGAACUGAGGACCAGAGACCUAAGACAAUAAUUUGAACUGCUAUUUCAAUAUUGUAUUGUUUAUUUUUAUUUAU